AGUUUCCGUCCCCUUUCUCUCUCCCCCUAAUCGACGCGCGCGCGCACACCAAGAAUCGUCGUCAGAACGAGCUCCCACAAACCCUAAACUUCGUCUCCCUUCCUCUCCUCACUCUCUACGUCUCCCCCUGAAUCCGCGAUUCGCCUCCGAUUCGAGCUUCCCAUGGACCGCCCGAUCUCCUCUUCUGCCCCUUCGCUCCCCUGAUGCCUCCCCUCGGCCUCUGCUGUAAACCCUAGCGAUUACCGCGCUUCUGUUCCAAUCGCCGGAUUUCCCGUCGCCGAUGGAGGGUCCUGCGGAGGACGCCGGAGCUCCCGAGUCGUGGGAGGUGGCCGAUGUGGACGAGUCCAUGAGGCGGCUGAUGCUCUCCUCCAAGGAGCCGAAUGUCCCGGACCUCGACGGCGGCGGCGGCGGCGGAGGCUGCUGCUCGUCUGCCGCUGCUCCGCCGCCUCAGGAUAAGGUCCCAGAGGAUGUUCUGGGUCAGGUGGAUCAGUUCCUCCGGGAGGCUCUGCAAAAUCCUCGGGAGAGGCUCUCCAUACUACGUAUGGAGCAAGAUGUGGAGAAAUUUAUACGAGAUCCAACACAAAAGCAGAUGGAAUUUCAGCAGCUGCCUACAUCUUAUCUACGGCUGGCUGCGCACCGUGUUGCACAGCACUACGGUUUGCAGUCCAUGGUUCUGCUAGACACUAAUUUGCCUGAUGCCUCAAACUCCCGCAUCAUUGUUAGCAAGACAUCCGAUUGUAGGAUUUCCCCAAUACGAUUGGCAGACAUCCCAGUAAAUUUACCUUCUCAGGACACUGGUGUCAUGAAGGUUGCAAUUAAACAGAGACCUCAAAAGCGGUUUCAAAAUGCCAAUGCGGGUAACUCAAAUUCUACGAAGUCAAACAGUUCCAAGAGUGUGGAGGAAAGAAAAGAGGAAUAUAACAGGGCUCGUGCACGGAUUUUUAACUCUAGCAACUUCAAUGCUGGAUUGGCUGGGAAACCAGAAACUGGACCAAGAGAAACUGGACCAAGGUUUCAAGAUAAUUCCCAGCAUAACUCCUUGGCUUUAUCCAAGAUGGAAGAGAAGGCUCUUCCAGGAGUCAAUGAAGCAAACACUGUUAGGGGAUUGACUGACUCAUCUACAUCUAGCAGCGGAUCAGCUAGAAGCAGAGAAAAGGAACCUAUCGGAAGGCACAAAUCCAACAAUCGGGUGGCUAUAUUUCGGGAUCGAGAGGUGGAUCGCAAGGAUCCUGAUUAUGACAGGAGCUAUGACAGGUACAUGCAAAGAUUUGAUCCUGGAUUCGGGUUCCCUGGAGGGCCUUACACCGUGCAACCUAUGUAUUCUCCAGCUAUAAAUUAUAAUACAGAAUUUCCACAGCUUGGAUCUAGUCAUCAUCCUCAGGUUCCUGCUGAACACCAACCUCGGCCCCUACCGCAACAUAUACCUGGGCCAUGGUCCGGAUCCUCGAGUGCUGUGGGGAUAGGGUAUGGGCAUCCAGACAUGAUUGCACCAUUCAGUCCAAACCAUGUCAGUGCACACUCUUCGUCUGCUUAUCUGCACUCGUCUCAGUAUGCUUGUCAGCGACCUGGCAUGCCUUUUGUCCAUCCAAGUGAGCAUGUUCAUCAAACCUUCACACAGUCUCACCACCAGCAACCUGAUGCAAGUUUUGGAUUAGCCCGGCCCCGGUGAGGGGCUCGGGCCAUGCCUGCAAUCCUGCUGGCUGGAACUCGAGCUUGAAACUGAGCAGGCCAUCAGGGCCCUAAGUACAUUCAAGUGCAGGAUUGCAGGCAUAGACAACCAAGGUGGAAUGGAGUGGACGAUUAUACAGGCAUCAAGCAUUCAUCCGCUUCUCCAGCCUUGGUUGUAAUAGAGCUUCCAGCAUCUUUAAUGGCCGGAAGCUUGGAUUUUCUUUCGGUCAUCGAGAUAUGGAGGUGUCACCCCACUGAUGUUGAUGGUGACGAUGACGACGACGAAGAGAAUAAUGUUAUGGAGCAUGACCUGCAAAUCUGAGCUCUUGACUCAGUUAAACUGACAUCACUGUGCCAAGAAGAGCCACUGGGUUGCUGGGCUGUCACAGGGUCACUCAAAGCAACACUCGCCCGCCCCGCAACCGCAUCAUUGUAUCUCGCUGGAGCUGGAAAUAGAUGCCCAGAUUGGACUUGGAAUGGCUGGUUCACUGUCAUCUCUUGGUUCCUUCAUUUAGCCCUCGUUUGUGGAAUUGUCUCAAAGAGCAUCGCAUUUUCUGUGAAUGCAGGUCAUGCAGUGUACCUUGUGGUGUGUACAAAAAUUGAUGGAUAUCAUAUUUACUCAGUAUUUAGUUAAUCGCAGUGAGCUUUGCGACACUAGAAACUUUUGAUGUUUUAUGACAGUUUUAUGUUAGUCCU